GCAUGGAGAACUGUCAUAAUCGCUGCAUAACAUAAACACGAGGUACCAUAAUUAUUGAUAGCGUGUUGAAAAUGAGUGCAUCUCGAAUUUUGCAGCUCCAAAAGUUAUCCAAAUUAAUUCCAACCAAUCGGAGAUUAGUCAUCAGUGGGUUUAAUUUCAAUAACAAAUCGGUGAACGAUAAAUACGGUCUCAGAACUCCAGUAUGGCAUCAGGCACCGUCGAUUCGUUGUCUGAGCACUCAAGCGGCUCAAGAAAAGAGUGGUUUUAAUUCGAUUAUACGUGACUCGGAAAAAACCGUUGGUCCUAGUGACAAGCAUGAGUUCCAGGCAGAAACGCGAAUGUUGCUGGACAUCGUAGCAAGGUCGCUGUACUCAGAUAAGGAAGUUUUUGUACGAGAGCUAAUUUCCAAUGCAAGCGAUGCUCUGGAAAAGUUUCGCUAUACGAUUCACACGGCUGGCGAAGGGGAGAAAGAUUUUUCCGAACCGGACCGAUCACUGGAGAUUCAUAUUGGUACCAACAAACAGGACCGUGUUUUCACUCUUCAAGACACGGGUAUUGGAAUGACGAAGGAAGAAUUAAUAUCCAACCUGGGAACUAUUGCUCGAUCUGGUUCGAAACACUUCAUGGAGCAGAUUAAAGAGAAAGGCUCAAGCGCCGAGAAUGCUCAAAAUAUCAUUGGUCAGUUUGGUGUUGGUUUCUAUUCUGCAUUUAUGGUGGCAGAACGAGUUGAUGUCUUUACCAGAUCUUCCAAGGUUGGUUCUAUUGGUUACAAGUGGACGUCCGAUGGAACGGGCAAUUUCGAAAUUCAAGAGGCAGAAAAUGUUCAGCCUGGAACAAAAAUCGUUGUGCAUCUGAAGGCUGAUUGUCGUGAGUUUGCGGAUGAGGAUCGUAUCCGGGAAGUUAUCCGAAAGUACAGCAAUUUUGUUGGAAGCCCAAUCUAUCUCAAUGGGAAACAAGCCAAUCAAAUUCAACCGAUUUGGCUGAUGGAACCCAAGGAAGUGUCGCAGGAUCAACACAAUGAAUUUUAUCGAUUUGUGGGAAACACUUUUGAUAUUCCCAGGUUUACGUUGCAUUACAAAACCGAUGUACCACUAAGCAUACGGGCACUUCUUUACUUUCCGGAAGGGAAACCUGGUCUUUUUGAGAUGUCUCGCGACUCCGACAUUGGAGUAGCUCUUUACACACGUAAAGUUCUUAUCCAAUCAAAAACUGAAAACCUGUUGCCGAAAUGGCUUCGUUUCGUAAAGGGUGUCGUUGAUUCGGAGGACAUACCCCUAAACCUUAGUCGAGAGUUACUUCAAAAUAGUGCAUUGAUUCGUAAACUGCGAACAGUACUAACUAAUCGCGUUCUCCGAUUUUUACAAGAUCGUGCCACGAAGGAACCGGAUAAUUACGACAAAUUUUAUGUAGACUAUGGUCUUUUCCUAAAAGAAGGGAUUGUUACUAGUACCGAACCCCAGGAGAAGGAGGAAAUCGCCAAAUUACUCCGUUUUGAAACUAGCAAGGAGGCAGGAAAAAAAGUCAGCCUUCCCGAAUACUGUAACCAACAAUUGGAAGGGCAAAAAGAUAUUUACUAUUUGGCAGCACCCAAUCGAACCCUUGCCGAAGCAUCUCCUUACUAUGAGUCGCUCAAAAAGAAGGGUAUAGAAGUUCUUUUCUGCUAUGAGGCCUACGAUGAGCUAGUAUUGAUGCAACUUGGACAAUUUCUCGGAAAAAAUUUAGUAUCAGUGGAAAAAGAAAUGCGACGAUCGGAGAAAUCGGAUGACGCAACUGAUCAGAUGAUCGAAGGUUCGUUACUUAAAACGCAGGUGGAUGAAUUACUUCCAUGGAUUAAACAGAAGUUAGCCGGAAAGGUGGCCAACGUGAAAACAACCAACAAGCUCGAUACCCAUCCGUGCGUGAUAACGGUAGAGGAGAUGGCUGCUGCGCGUCACUUUGUAAAAACUCAAACUCACAACAUGAGUGAAGAGAAUCGAUAUGCUUUGCUACAACCACAGUUGGAAGUGAAUGCUAAACAUCCGAUCAUCAAAAAGUUACACAAACUGGUAUCAUCCGAUCCGGAAUUAGCAGAGCUUCUAGCCAAGCAGUUAUUUUCAAAUGCCAUGGUCGGAGCAGGCCUCGUAGAAGAUCCUCGAAUGCUACUCACGAGUAUGAACGAGCUGCUGGAGAAAGUGUUGGAUAAACAUUAGACGAAUUGGUUUUAUGUAUGCUUGGGACUAAAUGAAUAUAGGAAAUACUAUAAAACGAAAAUUAGAAUGUAAACAAAAUUCCGUUGUCCAUGUAAAUCAGGUAGUUUCUAACUAUAUUGGGCUGAGCCCAUAACCGAAGUACUUGAAAAAUCCUAUUACUAAAGUUUACCUAAUCAGGCUCCACAUCCAUGUUUCAAUAUUGCGAAGCAAUCAAAACUUCUAGAUAGCCGAAGUUGUACUUUGUUUAUUUUGUACUUGUCUUUCCAGGCUGGCUAAAAGGCUGAUCGCAUUAGGCCGAUCCGACCGAUCCGAGCUCUCCGGCGUCUCCUUUUUUUCUGCUUCGGCUAUGACUGAACUGCACAUGUAGCUGUGUGCAUGUGCAGCUCAGCCAUAGUCGAAGCAGAGAAAAAGUCAACGCCAGAGAGCUCGGAUCGGUCGGAUCGGCAUAAUGCGGAUAGCCUUUAAGACCCUGGUAGAUUCACCACGCGGGAUGCUCGCCUGUUAGGUUUUUUACCGUCACUGCUAACCUCAAUCGGAUGAACACAUUUUGACAGUCCAGCAGUACUGUUUGUAAACAGAAAUUUCUUUUGUUUGUUUAUUGACAAAUUGAAUCAGACCAUUUACGGUCCGUAUCACCUAAAUAAAGUUUUAAAACAUUUGUUCACGAUUGAAUACGAUUCGUUUUUGAUAUUUAUUAAAUAAAAGUGACUAGUUGCAAAGUGUAAAGAUGAUUGUUUUAGAUGCGCUCUUCGAUUUUUGUUUAAGCUUGUUUGUAAACAGUACCGCUGAUCUGUCAAGGAUGAAUACUUGUUCAUUUGUGUCGUCACGAUAAAAAACCUAGUAGGGAUGGUAAUUAGGUUUUGCACAAUGACGACAAAAAUGAACUGUCGAUGAAUCAAAUUCAUCUUUGAGAUUUGUCGAGGUCACAUCACACAACUCACAUAGUAAGGCCCAGAAUUUCAUCCAAGCUCGCAUGAAUCAUAUACCGUUUUCGUUUUAGAACCUACACGCGGGCAACUCUGAAUCCGAGUAAAACGAACACGUGUUACGCGCCCUAGACAACAACUCAUAUAAAAAAUAAAAAAUAAACAAACUCGGCUGGAUGCGUGGUGCGACCCGAGAAAAUUUUCAGAGCGAAACUACGCGAUUGGAGUCCGAUCUAGAGCGACACCAGGUUGCUAAAACAAACUCAUCAAAAGUUGUUUUGGCGACUCUGGGUCAGCUCUCGGGCUGCUCUGAUCAAUAAACGAAAACGGUAAUAGUCACGCGCGUGUGAUUUAAUCAUUUAAUGCAAUUGAUCAAAGCAAACAAGUUAGGGAAUGAUCACAAGUGUUCUAGUUCUAGAUGCAUAAUUUAUGUCAGUUUUUUUAAUUUAAAUCUAUAAUUUAUAAGAAAAUAAACUGGCAGCCUCAGCAGCGUUUUAUCUGUG